AUGGUUCCAAAUCUGGGACCAAACACAUCACUCGGCUACACUCCGUUUGAGUACUGGAAGGGUCCGAAACCCGUCCUUCCCAGACCAAAGCGCAAAUCUAGAGCCGUCGCCCUCGACCUAGAGCCGUUGCUUCCCACCCCCACCCCGGCCCCGAAGCCUAGAGCAGCCGUGAGAUGGCCUGGUCAACAUCCUCCUGCAGGUGUCUUCGUGGCGCAGCCAGGCACAUAUAUCGUAUCGCCCAAUAUCAAUCGUAGCAAGACACCUUUUGCGGAGAUACUCGUCGUGCCACCAAAGGUCCUGGUCCACCCACUUUUCCGGGACGAGAUAAAGACCCCAGACUGGCCCCGAGGCUUCUCUCCGUACCCCGAUUCCAUGAACGACUCUGACUACUACGGCGGCAUCAUGGGCGACUACGGAUUUUCAAACGAGCGCCUCGGGCAACAACAGACUGCGUGGUGGAAUCCCAAGGGCUGGACGAAACGGAUCUGGGCCGGCGUCGGCGGUGCCCUCGUCAUCAUCAUUGUCAUUGUCGUUGCCGUCACCGUCACACAAAACAACAAGAACCGAUAUCCCGACUAUUCCCAGCUGACGUACAAGCUGAGUGACACAUACUCUGGAGAGAACUUCUUCGAUGGCUUCAACUACUUCAAUACCUACGAUCCUACUGGGGGUAUGGUUCACUACGUCGGUGCCGAUGAGGCCGCAAGCAGGAACCUCACAUACGCCACAUCCUCCACCGCCGUGCUGAGGGUGGACCACACCACCGGCAACACCUCAUCGCCCGACGCCUCGACGGGCCGCUUCUCCGUCCGCGUCGAGUCCAAGACGCAGUACGACAAGGGCCUCUUCAUCUUCGACGUGAAGCACACACCCUACGGCUGCGCGAGCUGGCCGGCGCUCUGGUUCUCGGACCCCAACAACUGGCCCGACGCCGGCGAGAUCGACGUCAUGGAGGCCAUCAACCAGGGCACCGACGGCAACCAGAUGACGCUGCACACGACGUCCGGUUGCGAGAUGAGCGUCAAGCGCAAGCAGACGGGUUCGACGCUGCAGUCGGACUGCAAGAACACGACAAACGGCAACGCGGGCUGCGGCGUCGAGGGUAAGGCCUCGACGUACGGAUCCGACUUCAACGCCGGCGGCGGCGGGUACAUGGCCAUGGAGUGGCGCGACGAGGGGAUCCGCGUGUGGCAGUUUGCGAGGGACUCUGUGCCCUCGGACAUCACGGCCGCGUCGUCGCCCGACCCCAGCACCUGGGGCGAGGCGCUCGCCGAUUUUCCCAACACGGCGUGCGAUAUGAGCUCCCACUUUUCGAACCAGUCGCUCAUCAUCAAUAUCGACGUCUGCGGCUCGCUCGUCGAGGCAAAGUAUGCUGAUUCCGGGUGCGGCGGGAGCAGCUGCUCGGAUUUCCAGGCCAACAACCCGGACGCCUUCAAGACGGCGUACUGGGAAUUCGGGGCCUUUAACUUUUACACCGCGUCGUGA